UACUUUGUAUUGAGUUGGUGACACAAACACAAAAAUCAACAUACAUACAACUACAUAAGAAACAUUCGAAAUCAUUUUUAAUACACUUUCGAUUCUCUUUUAUUUGAUUUUCUCAAUUUUUUCGCGUGUGUCUGGUUCUCGUUAUUUAUGUGUCUCUCGACUCUCAGUGAGCGAACAUGAAUGAAUAUUUAGAUAAUGCCAGACGCCACAUUCAACGGACGGUGAUAAGUGGCUGCGAUUCACUCAGCGAGACCCUGAACAUGACAGCGAUGUUCGCCUCGACGAGCGCCAAUCAAAUGCUCAACACUCUGAUGCACCUGAAGGCGCUGCUGCUGCAGGAGGCAAUGGAAUUCAUCGGUUUGAGUGGACGAGCGAAUGUCGUAGGCGAUUCGAGUGGGGCAACUGGCGCAUCUGGAUCUGGAUCUAGAUCAUCGGAAUCGGAGUCGGAGUCGGAGUCGAGGCAGCCGCGACUCGUGAGCGUUGUGUGCGGCUUUCCCAAGGACAUCGGCAUGUAUCCGCACUACAGCAAGGGGCAGUUUGGCGAGGAUGCCUGGUUCAGCACCUCCACCGACCAGGCCGAUGCCCUGGGCGUCGCUGAUGGCGUUGGUGGCUGGCGUGUGUACGGCAUCGAUCCGGGACAAUUCAGUCGCUUCCUGAUGCGCUCCUGCGAGCGUCUUGCCCACGCCCAAGACUUUGAGGCCACGCGACCCGAGCAUCUCCUGGCUCGCGCCUAUUGCAAUCUGCUGGAGCAGAAGCAACCGAUCCUGGGCAGCUGCACUGCGUGUGUGCUCACUCUGCUCCACGACAGCAGCACGCUCUAUGCCGCCAACAUUGGCGACAGCGGUCUGCUGAUCAUACGCGACGGUGCCAUCGUCUGUCGCUCCAUGGAGCAGCAACAUCACUUCAAUACCCCGUAUCAAUUGGCUGUGCCGCCGCCGGGCCAGGGGCUCAAUGUGCUCACCGACGGUCCCGAGUGCGCUGCUCUUCUGCAGUUCGAGCUGCAGCAAGGCGAUGUCCUGAUACUGGCCACCGAUGGUGUCUACGACAAUGUCUCCGAGGAGCUGCUGGUGCGUGUGCUGAGCCAUGCGAGCGGCAUUUCCGAUCACGUCAAGCUGCAGACCUUUGCGAAUUCGAUUGCGUUAAUGGCGCGCUCACUCAGCUUCAAUCCCAGCCACGAUUCGCCGUUCAGCCUGAAUGCCAGACGACACAACAUCGAUGCACCCGGCGGUAAACCGGAUGACAUCACCGUCAUCCUGGCGAGCGUCGUUUAACUUCUCCACGCUUCACAACUGGCUGCCUACAUCGAACAUCGAACAUCAUCGAAGCCUGAUCGGACUCUUUAAUCAUGUGGCAACAAUGCUUAACUUCAUCAUCAAUCCAGACAACUAAAUCCACAUACACUAUUCUGAA